AGUUAGUUGAUACUUAUCACUCGAGUCUGUUUUAUUUGUCACAUGUGUUUGUUGUUUAAAAGGUGAACCAAAUAAAAUUUUAUAACAAUGUGAUAAUAAAUUAUCGUUUUCAAAAUGAAAAUUAUUGUAUGCGUAUUUUGGUGUUGUGUUUGGUGGAGUUCACCCGUUUAUAGUUUGAAAAAAAUACUCGUGGGUGUAGGUGAACCAAAUACGCCAGAAAAUAAAAAUGUCAAUGAUGUCAAAGACAAAUGGUUUAUACAGAAAUUAGAUCACUUUAAUCCAACGGAUGGUAGAACAUGGAAACAAAGAUAUCAAGUUAAUUUUAAAUAUUAUAAGGCGAACGGCCCAGUGUUUUUAAUGAUAGGAGGAGAAGGUGAAAUGUCAGCCAAAUGGAUGUACAGUGGGGCUUGGAUUGAAUAUGCUAAAGAAAUGAAUGCAUUAUGUUUGCAAUUGGAACACCGGUAUUAUGGCAAAAGUCAUCCUACUGAGGAUAUGAGUACUAAAAAUUUAGUGUACUUAAGCAGUGAACAAGCACUAGCUGACUUAGCAGAAUUUAUUGUCAAUAUUAAAAAUACGUACUCAAUUCCGAAUUCAGCUAAAUGGGUUGCAUUCGGAGGUUCUUAUCCAGGAUCUUUGGCGGCCUGGUUGAGAAUGAAAUACCCACAUCUCUUGCACGCGGCAGUGUCUUCAAGUGGUCCAUUGUUGGCCAAAAUUGAUUUUAAAGAAUAUUUUGAAGUGGUUGAAAAUGCUUUAGCAACAUAUAAGCCGGAAUGUGUAUCGCAAAUAAAGCUAGCAAACCAAAUGAUUAAUGAUUUUCUUCAAAGCGACGAAAAAUUAAAAAUUAUUGAACAAAAAUUUAAAUUAUGCAAGCCUUUAGACAAAUAUAAUAAAAAAGACGUGUCAAAUUUGUUUGAGACUUUGGCUGGAAAUUUUGCUGAUAUUGUGCAGUACAAUAAAGAUAACAGAUUCUAUUUAAAUUCUGAACGAUCAUCGAUCACACUCGAAACCUUAUGUGAUAUUAUGGUUGAUAAUUCGAUUACAUCUUCAUUAGAUAGGUAUGCAUUAGUUAACAACAAAUUAUUAUCUGUCAAUAAUUUAAGUUGUACAGAACAUACCUACUCCAGUGUAAUUAAUUCCUAUUCAAAUACAUCUUGGAAUAGUGAAGCAGCAGCUGGAGGUCGACAGUGGACGUACCAAACGUGUACAGAGUUUGGAUUUUAUCAAACAUCCAGCCAAAAUGAUCAUACGUUUGGCAAUCAGUUUCCCGUAAAUUUUUUCAUUGAUAUGUGCACUGAUAUUUUUGGAGACUUGUAUGGAUCAGAGCUGCUGUCUAAUGCAGUUAAUAGAACUAAUAUGAUGUAUGGAGAAUUAAACAUUAGAGAAGGCCGUGUGAUUUAUGUUCAUGGAUCCGUUGAUCCAUGGCAUGCUUUAGGUAUUACUCAUACAAAAGUUAAAGACAACGUUGCAAUUUUUAUUCAAGGUACUGCUCAUUGUGCAAAUAUGUAUCCACCUGCAAGUACAGAUCUCCCACAGCUAAAGAAAGCUCGUACACUAAUUAGAGCAUUUUUAAAUGAAUGGUUGAUAGAAAAUGAUAAUGAUGAUUCAAGUCAAACCGAUAACAUACUUAUAAACUAAUAAAUAUAUUUACAAUUCUA